UUUCAAUCCUAUAUUUUUAGUCUGUUACUCUGCAUACCGACUUAGGAGACUUGAAAAUAGAACUCUUUUGCGAGGACACUCCUAAAGCCUGUGAGGUAAGAGGUAACUUUGGUAGAAUUUCCGUACAGCCCCAUACAUUUAUUAUGCAUGCAACAAUUUCAUACUUUUUCACAGAAAGAAAUAUGCAUAUGGAUGUGUCUGUACGGAAAUCUUACCUUAUUUAUGUACUGUUUUUUUCAUGUUCAUUUUAUUUUUUAAACAUUUUAAUUAUUUUAUGGAAGACAAGAUGGAAGAGAAUAUGAGCAUUAACCAGAAUUUCACCUGUUUAUACUACUACAUGAGAAAUUUCUGCAAUUUGAUUGGCUUAGAUCAGUGGUAUUUCAGCUUAAUUUGAAAUACCUACAUGUGAAAAUUACAAACCUUUUGCGGGUAGUAGUAUAAACAAAUAAUAGCAUGAUUUGUUCGUGAUAUUUGGCAUAAAUACCACUCGUGAUAUUUCAAAAUUGUAUCAAAUUUCACUCGCCUAUCGGCUCGUGAAAUUACGUAUAACAAUUUUGAAAUAUCACUCGUGGUAUUUAUGCCAUAUAUCACCACAAAUCAUGCUAUUACCUAUACUAAUAAUGCACUAUAAUAAAUUAUUGCCCUGCACAUGCUCAAAAUAUAGAAGUUGUUUUUCUAUACACAGACCAGGUGUCAUAGGUUUUUAUUAUGUCCUAAGGCCAAGGUUUGCUAAAUGUAAUCCUUAGCAUCACCCACACAGUCAAGGUUCCUCCCCACCUCUCUCCCAGUCAGUCCUCCAUCACAUGACAAAAGAAUACUACCUUGCCUUCCCCACAGUCAAUCUACAUCAGUGGCUCUCUCCUCCGCAGAGGCUCCUGCUGGGUAUCCCUUUAAAAAUAUAACAAUAAUCAAAGAAAUAGUAAGCACACGGGGGACAAUGGGAAGAGGGAGCCUCUCUUCUCUCUUCCCCCUUCCCAUCGUGCCCCGCAUGCUCUCUUUUUCUUUCUCCCCAGCCUCCCCACAACACAAAGAAGCCUCUGCGGAGGAGAGAGCAUCAGUGGAUAAUAUCCACCUUUUGAAUAGCCAUAAAAGCUCUAGGGAUUGUUUAGAGGGACAUCAAAAACAUGGCAGACAGUAGCAAGCCACCUGUUAAAAACACUCUCUAGGUUAUUCUGACAGAAGAAGAAAUACCUGCUGUAUUAGGGUCUUUAGGAAUUUCUGAAACUGCAGAACUCAGUGCUUGGACCGAGCACUUGUAGUGUGGCAUGUUUGUUGACCUUUGUGCUGUCGGUCCAAUUGAUGCCAAGAAGCUUGUGGAGGCAUAUCAUUGUCAGUUUUUCACUCAUUUAGAGCAUGACAAAUACAAUUACAGUCAAACCUAUAUUAAGUAAUCACCCUUGGAGAAUUAUUAGUCAACUGACUGCUUAUUAGAGAUUGACAGUUCUAUAAGGUAUGUGAAGUAUCCAUCAUGUGUACAAAUGAUUGCCCUUUAAUAUAUUAUUGACUUUUUCUUGAGCAAAAAUAAGGAAAUAAAAGAUCACCAAAUGCCAUAUACAGGGUGUCUAUUGCACCGGUAUGGUAAACCUUGAUAAUUAAGGGACCAUUUAAAAGAGGUGAAGACAAUUAAAACACUUGUUGGGAGGUACAAAAAAUUGAUCACGACUGCUUAAUAGAGGUGACCACUUACAGUCAAACCAGGAAAACUGUGAAAACCAGAAAUAUUUCUGGAAUGUUAUUGUGGUGCAAAAAAAAACCAAUCAGGUGUGAGAAAACUAAACUACAAGCAAGGACAUUAAUUAGUUUGUGGUUUUGUGGCUUGCUCACAUGUCCUGAUCUUUGCUGUGAUUGGUCAUAACACAAGAAACAUUCCUGAAAUAUUUCAAGUGUUCACUGUUUUCCCAGUCGCACUGUAAUACACUUCAGUUUUCCGGGACUUAAGAAAGAGCCCACUUAGUACUGUCAGUUUCUCUUAAUACAAGUUUGACUGUAAAAUCCAGUUAUGACUAGUCUGCUACACAGCCGUUUUUAGUGUCGUCACGCAUCGCUCCUCCCCACUAACGGCUGCUGAAAACCGAACUACAUUCCUUUCCCGUGAUUAGCCAAUUAUAAUUCAGUUCCCAUUUUCUGGAAAGUGUUUGCGCCACCUUGGCGGUACUGUGACUCCUCCAAUCACAGCUUUGCUUUUAUCGUUGCCCCAUGUGUGAACGACAGAAUAAUCAAAAUCGUCGAGUGAAAACAAGCAAUUAACUACAGUGUUGUCGUAGUCGAGUCCUAUUCAAAAUUUAGGAGAUAAGCUGAAGCAGCAACAGCAAGAAAGUCGAGCAAAUUGCGAUUCACAACAUGGAUGUACUCAUAAAGUUGCCAGGUAUAGUUUCGGGAAAUCGCUCAUCGAUAUUUUGUAAGAUUGUUUUUUGACUCAGUACCCUUGACAGUUUAGUCUUCACAGAACACAAUGAGCACAUCCGGUGCAUUAAAUUCUUCACUACAUAUCAGCACAUAUGCACGUUAAAUGAAGAACCAACCGAUCCCGGUAAAAGUUUUCUAGCUAAGUUAUGACCUGCUCAUAAGAAAAUAUCCUCAGGACAUCAGUGGAAGUCUGUUCUUAAAUUUGCCAUAUUGAGCAUUCAUGUAAUUUGAAGCCAAAAUCCCUGUCUUGAAAAAUGUCAAGCAGUGGGAAAAGCAAGUCAAGCACACAACCUCAAAGACUGUGCUAUGAUUAUCUUUUGCAGAACUUUCUAGCUCUCUGUGCCAGCAGUUACUACGACAACUGCACUUUCCAUAGGUAAGUUCCCUUAGUGAAAGUAGACUUGUUCAAUGCACAAUGUGUAUUGAUUCCUAACUUGCCUUGUACGAUAUUCCAUAUUUUAGUGGUUAGGAAUAGACAAACAGGAAUUUGACUUAUGACUGCAAUCAUUUUAUAAUUUAGCACUCAAACAGGAAUGUCAUAGCAUGUGCAAAAUGGUGGAAAACACCUCUAAAAUAAAACUGUGAAACAAUUCUCACUAAAACAUUGCAGUCUAGUAAUACUGUAACAAUAAAUAGUCGGUAAAUUUGUACAAAAUAUAUAAUUUAUUACUCUGAGACAUAACUGUUACUUUAAGACAUUCUGGGCCACUUCAAAGAAAAAGAAAGAAAAUUAAAGAACAUAGAGGUCAAUGUUAAGUCUUCAUUCACGUCUGUUGCAGUAACGUUUCUGUCAAUAAAAAAUUACUCCUUUCCACCGAAUCAUUUUGUCUGGACGUUAACAAUAUUAAAAAUAGAAAUAUCAAUAGUAGAGGUGUUAAUAGUCGUGGUAGUAGUGCUCAUAUUAAAAACUGUUAAAGUUGUCCUUUAAAGUUUGCAUGUACAUUUUUUUACAGAAACAUCAAGGGUUUUAUGGUGCAAACUGGAGACCCCACAGGUAGAGUAAAAAGGUUUACUGUAAUAACCCACACCUUUCAAUGACUGAAAAGCUAUUUCAUCGCUGAUUGACCUCUGUUCUUGACUGAGAGUUAUAAUUAUUUGACACAGGUACUGGUAAAAGUGGCAAAAGCAUCUGGGGCAAGAAAUUUGCAGAUGAGCUAAGUCCAUCACUUAGGGUAAGUUUGGGUGUAGAUACAUUAUACACUUAUGUAAACAACUCAAAUGAACAAGGAUCCUGAAGGUUAAAAUAAUAAUUUGUUUUCAGAGCCUUAAAAUUGGGUAAAGCUUUCCUUGCAGUCAAUAAUGCAAAGGUCAGGGUAUGAUUCCUGAUCAAGCUUGAAUUCAUUCAAGUUUUUUCAUCCACUUAAGUUGAAAAUUUAACUUCAAAGAUCAUAAUACUUCACUCCUUGAAAAGCAAGUUUUAUAAAUUGGUUGAAAUUAAUUUUGCCUCAUCCAUGGAUCACAAAGGGCCGUGGGAUUUUGAGUCACCUUUAUACAUAUAUGAAUAUAGAUAUCAGACUAUUAUCUGCAGUUACCUGGCAACAGAAGUGCCACAAACAAAGCUGCACGUCGUUGGAAGCAGCAUCUGAUCAUGAAGAGCAAAAGCUGCAUGUAGCCUAGUGCUCAAUUACUUGAAAAAAGAAGACAUUUAGUUCUCUUCAGCAAGAUAUUGACCAGAAUGGGGUGAAUGGGUUAAGUAUUUAGAUUUAAUCAAGAGUGUAGGAUUUUGCUGCCUCAAGGCAUACUCUGUCUCCUCUCCUGUGUACUAUCCCAAGUCCCAGCUGAAACGCAAUAUUUUCUUUUCUAUUUCUUCUGUCUUUUGGGGGGUUUUUCCCCGUAUUUCACACUGUUUGCCUUUUUCCAGACAUAUUUCUAGGCUAAAUCUAAUUUUGUUAUCCCCUGACAGCAUAAUGCAAGAGGAACAGUAUCAAUGGCAAAUAGUGGACAGGAUACAAAUGGGUCACAGUUCUUCAUCUGUUAUGGCAAACAACCUCACCUUGACAUGAAAUAUACUGUGUUUGGAAAGUAUGUUACAAGUAAAAUGUUGUUAAGUCUCAGUGCUACAUAACAUUAAAAACCUGCCUCUGGAUGGGUAGAGCAAAGUGUUGCAAAUCAAUAAUAAUAAUAUUGUCAAUCAUUAAAGGUAAAUAGCUAUAUUUGUAAGGAGUUGAGCUGUAGCAUGUGAUUCUAUGUCAUACAUCUCGCAAAAGACAAAGGUCUUGCCUUGGUCUGUGGAGAUCAAGUCAGGUGUGAUCAAGGUAAUUUACUUAUUACUCAAGUGUAGGGGUCACUCUUUGCCAGCCAAGGUCACUCAGAUUCUGUUAAUCUCUUCUAGUUAAUUUUCAGGUUCAAGUCUUGACCUGCAAGCCCCUUUUUCAAACAGUUGGAAAUUUAAAUUUGAUAUAAGAAAUUUGACUAUAGUAGCUGAGUCAUGUCUGAGCACAACUGUUCAGGUCAAGGCAUAAGUUACCGUUGUUGUUUAUAAUCUGCAGGGUCAUUGAUGGUCUGGAAACUCUUGAUGAUUUAGAGAAACUGCCAGUGAAUGAGAAAACAUAUCGGCCUAUCACAGAUGUUCGAAUAAAGAAUGUGACCAUCCAUGCCAAUCCUAUUGCAGAAAAAAGCUACUAAACUUUAGAAUCUGCCUCAGAGUGAUAGACCAUUGUGGAUUUCUCAAAGGAAUUUUUCCUUCUCAGAAAUUAUCCUUGCUCAGAACACUUAAGAAAUGACCUGUGCCUUGUUCACAUGCAGAGUUAAAGGAAAUAAUUUGUUGUUGAAUAAUUUUCAUAGUGCUAUAUGAAUGUCAAAAAGAACUAUGUUGCCCACAUCACACAAUGGCCUUUGUUAAAAUCUGACCUACUGAGCAGUGUUCCUGCAGAGACGAUUAUCUCCUUUUUCUGUGAGAUUCUUGUAUAGGUUUUCUAAUACAUGCAUUAGGAAUUCGAUUGUUUUAGCAGAAAUGCGUACAUAAAACCAGACCUGUCAAUACAAGAAACAAAAAUCUACAUCCUGCUCACAACUGACUGUCUGAUAUAAUUUAAAAAGCACGUUUCCAUUGAAGUCUUUAAAAUAAUUUAUGAUACAAACAGGCUUUGUCAGUUAAUCCUGAACAGCCAUAGUUCAUGAACAACUCAGAGCAAUAGCACAUUAGACAUGUAACUAUUAAAGGAAAUGGUUCUCUGCCGACCAGCCUGUUCUUGACGCCAUGUAUCUAUUUUGUAUUCCUCAAAACGCUGCUUGUCAGAGUGUCCAUCUUUGCUUCCUCAUUUCCUUCACAUGUACAAGGGUAAUCAUUUAAGUUCGUUCUGGUCUUGCAAUCAGCUUCUAAUAGUGGGCUCAUCAUUUGAUGGUAUAUUAAUGAUUUUUAAGAAGCUAAGUAAGACUAUGACUUGGCUGUAAGGCUUUGACAAUGUGUUAUAAGCUCCUCGCAGUAUCUACAAACAACAAGAGUGAGAAAAACGUUGUCAGUGAAGACACAGGACUCCUGAAAUCAUGAUACUGGUUUGGCCAUUUCUUUCAAGUUUUGCUUCAAAAUACCACAGUUAGGCAUUUCUCAGUUAACCUCUUCUAGACAGGGGGUUCAUUAAGGUUUUGAACAGGAGGGCAACUGAGUUUGACACCCGGGCAAAGAAUUGGCAAGGCCCGGAGGGCCUUGCCCUCUAGGGGGGUCUGGGGGGAUGCUCCCCCGGAAAAUUUUGAAAUUCUAUAGUCGUAAGGAUGUGUUUUCCUGUAUUUUGAAGCUGCAGACAAUGACUUUCAACAACCAAAAAAAGAUAACUUUUCUAGACAAUUUAAUCAUGAUUUGAUACCAAUACCCACCACACAAAUUGGACUUUUUGGUUCUCUUUUAAUAGCUCUGCUCAUAAUAAUCUUUACUCCAACUCACCGUCAGCAUCUGAGCCGUAAUCAACUUAUCUUUAAAAUUUCAAUGACUAGACGGGAGGAGCACUGUUUUAACGUGAACGCACCGAAAAUUAAUUCAUUGGCGUAAACCAUAAGACGAACAAAAAUCACGCUUCGCUUCGUUGAACAUGAUGAUUAAGCCAUUCAAUAUAUACAGGCAAGUAAAAGGUUAAAUCACAAAGAAGUCUACUCAUCUCUUGGUCUUUUCUCUACUGGAGGCCCUUUGGUUGAAGCCGAAAAAUAAUACGCUAUCGAACGCGUUCUUUUCUGGGCCGCCAUGCUCACAUGCUCGCAACA